AUGCGUUUCACUGUCCUCAGUCUUGCCGCACUCGCCUGCGGCACAAUGGCGCACAGCUCUGAGGGAUCUGGCUCCACGACGACCACGACCACGACGAUUACCACGGCUGUCACGACCACUACCACCACGGUCACGCUGCCAUGCUCCUCAUCCUCGAUCGUCAAUGCAUCCUCGAUCAUCAAUGCGACUACCCCCGCGCAGCCUCCAACUUCUUCCACAUCGAGUCCCAUCCCAAGCACCUCUUCCGUCCAAAGCACCGGCCUGACAACGGCAGAUGCCAGCGUGCAAUGCACCGCCAUCAUCUCUCCACCUCCGGCCAGCAUCACCGAGACCGCCAUGGUCCCUGGCACCCCUGGCAUCAACAGCACUCGCACCAUGGUAGUUGAUGGUUCUUACUGCACUUGCGGUCCACGAAUUGCUGGCAUGAACAUCACUACCAUCGGCAACACGGCAUACACCGUGUGCGCUGAUCUCACUAAGCAGACUGUCGGCAGCUCUGUGGUCGAUGCCACGGCCCCAGUCGCAUCAAGCACAAGCCAACUUUCCGCAGCUGCCUCUCUGACUGGUACCCCGGGUACCUCGGCUGUGAACGGGACUGUUGUUUCUCCAACUUCGCCUACCGUUUCCAGUUACACUGGCGCUGCAAUGAAGGCUGGGUGCACCGCUCAAGCACUUGCUCUGGGUGCCAUUGGCGCAGCAUUUGCGGUGCUGUAA